AUGUCUGAAGCUCCAGUUCACCAGCGUAAAGUCGCGUUCAUACACCCAGAUUUAGGAAUUGGCGGCGCAGAAAGAUUAGUCGUCGAUGCUGCCGCUGGCCUACAAAACGCUGGGUAUGACGUGACGAUUUAUACAAGUCAUUGCGACAAGUCUCAUUGUUUUGAAGAGGUUAAGAAUGGUACACUUAAAGUAGAAGUUCGUGGAGACGCAUUGCCAACUCAUAUCUUUGGUAAGUUCUCGAUCUUAUGCGCCAACUUAAGACAGUUAUAUUUGACAUGGAAUCUAAUAUCUACAGGAAAAAUCGAAGAAUAUGAUGUUUAUAUCGUGGAUCAACUAUCUUCGUGCGUUCCUUUAUUACAUUUAAAUGCUCCAGACUCAAAAGUGUUGUUUUAUUGCCAUUUCCCGGAUCAAUUGCUCGCCAGGCGGGAUGGCUUAUUGAAGAAACUGUAUAGAAUACCGUUUGACAUAUUGGAACAAUUUACCAUGGGUGUAGCAGAUACUAUUCUAGUUAAUUCUAAUUUUACAAAGCAGGUAUUUGCCAAAACGUUCCAGUCACUAGCCGUUGACCCUAAAGUGGUUUACCCUUGUGUAAACGUAGAGCAAGAAGAAAUACUUCCUUUAGAUAAAGAUCUUAUGAAGAAGAUCUUGAAGAACAAUGAAAAGUAUUAUCUAUCUAUCAACAGAUACGAAAGGAAAAAAAACAUUGAAUUGGCUAUCACUGCUUUUGCACAAUCAAAACAACGUACCUCCCAUAAACUAUUUAUAUCUGGAGGUUACGAUUUGAAUAAUUCCGAGAAUAUCGACUAUCUAAAAGAAUUGGAAACUUUGGCCACUGAAUUGAAAUUGAAGCACGUUCAUCUUUCAUAUCCAGAAUACUCCAAGAGUCCUGACAAGUGUCCAUCAAGUAACUUCGCUGAUGCUCAAAUAUUGUUUUUGACUUCUGUGUCAUCGUCUCUCAAGGAAUUACUAUUGCAAAGUACUGAAAUGUUGCUAUACACUCCUUCUAACGAACACUUUGGAAUUGUACCACUCGAGGCUAUGAAGUAUGGUGUACCUGUUUUGGCAGUAGAUACGGGUGGUCCACUAGAAACAGUGGUAGAUUACAAUGAGACACCUUCUCAUAUUGAUGCAACUGGUUGGUUACGACCAUCCGAUGCUGAUGAAUGGUCAAAAGUGUUGGAUCAAUCCGUAGACAUAUUUGAAAAGAAUCACUCCUUAUUCGAAGUUAACGGUCCUAAACGUAUUAAGUACUAUUUCUCCAGAGAAGCGAUGUCCAAAAACUUUGAUAAUACCAUCGACCAUAUUAUUUGGAAGUCAAGAGGAACGCGUUUAUGGAGCACAUUAGCUCCAGGGCUACUGAUGUUCACUGUCCAAUAUGCUACACUGUUGAUAACAGGCGAUGCUUCUUGGCCAUAUUUAUUGCUAGCUGCGAUUUCUUAUUUUGUAUUAAGAAGUGUAAAGGCCACUGUGUACUGGAUCAUCGUUUUCUGUUACCUAAACUAUUCAACUUAA